CUGCAGAGUGAGGAGCAGACAGGGAACCUUGUGACACAAAACAAAUUUGUCUUUUCUUCCCAGAAACGGUCUUUAAUAAUGGCAGUAAAAGGUAACAGGUCAGGAGGAGCCUAUAAAUAUUAAGGAGCAAAGAAGACAGGAAUCUUGACAAAGCUGUGGGUUCUUCACUUCUGGAAGCUGUGGAUCGGAUUCUGUACAUCAAGUAUCAACAGCAGAUGCCUCUACUCUGCUUAGGAUGAACAAGUGCAUCAGGUUCAACAUUCUGAGCUCUAAGGAGUAAAGCUGAGGAUAGCUGACUUUGAAAAGACCCAAGAGACACAAAGGUUCACUUUUCAUUUUGUUGACUUUUGAGAUGAAAGAAGGUUCCAGCAGCUGAGUUCUUCCUCACCUGCUGCGGUGGCUGGCGCAGGCUCAGACCGCCUGUAUAAUUUGGGAUGUCUAAUUUGCUCUUUUAGGAUAUUUCAGAAGAGGAGUUCAUAGAGGAGAGCUGUUUCGCACGUUGCCACUAUGUAAUUUUAUCCAUGCCGCUGUCUCUCACUUCACACAGGGCUAAUACCUUUUGCCUCCCCUCUCCUUUGUAUCAAUUGGUCGAAGUUCAGCCUAUUGUCGCCACAAGCUUCUUUUAUAUCUGCGCUCAGUCUGAGGCGAGGCUCUCAGUCAGCUUCAAACGAGGGCUUUCCUGCAGGAGAGGCAAGGAGGAUCCCAACCCGGGGGCCGGCUGUGCUGUCAGAGCUGCCCGUGGGGUUUGGAUGUACACCGGGGCUGGAGUUCUCCAGCUUUAGGGGCCCGACACGUUCAUGGGACCCGGAGGGCUGGCCGGGUAUUAUUCGAAUUUUUGCAACAAUUGUUCCCCGCCGACCAUGCCACAAUGCUGAUGAUUCCUCUGCUGGUGUUGGCGAGCCUGCUGGAUCCCGUUUGGCCCCGGGCCCGUUGCUCGCCUAGCCAGGGUUGUGACCCCCGGCAGCGGAGAGACGCCGGGGGGCGCGGAGGAGUGUAUGAGCACCUCGGAGGAGCGCCGAGGCGCAGGAAACUUUACUGCGCUACCAAAUAUCAUCUACAGAUCCAUCCUAACGGGAAGAUUGAUGGAUCACUGGAGGAGAAUAAUCCGUUCAGCAUCAUGGAGAUCACAGCAGUGGAUGUGGGUGUCGUGGCCAUAAAAGGGCUUUUCUCAGGCAAAUAUCUGGCCAUGAACGAUAAAGGAAGGCUGUACGCCUCGGAGGUUUUCAACAAGGAGUGUGAAUUUGUGGAACGGAUCCAUGAGUUGGGGUACAACACCUAUGCAUCACGACAACACUUCACAGAGCAGCCCCUGCCACCGGGAACAGGCAGCAGCAGCAAGCGUCGGGCCACUGUCAGGAGGCAAUGGUACAUCUCCAUCAACGGGAAAGGGCGGCCGCGGCGAGGCUUUAAAACUCGGAGCACUGAUAAAGCCUCACUCUUCUUGCCUCGGGUGCUGGGCAACAAGGACCAUGAGAUGGUGAGGAAGCUGAGGGACAUUCAAGGUGCCCAGCACACGCAUCAUCAGCAGGGGCGGCGUGGUGAACGCCGGAGACGUCGGCAUCGUGAUAGGAAAGGUCGAGGUCGACAGCCUGAUGACUCAGCAGACUUUUAGAGGUGAGGUUGGCUUUCAUCUCCCUCUGCUACGACUCAUCUACACGGAUCCUUGAUCUCGGCACAUACUGCAGCUUGACUGCAAGGAAGGAUGUGAGAAAAUGUCUUGGAUCCCAAAUUCUGGAUUGAUGGAAGUUCUUGUUGGUGUACAGAGAUAAAGGGAAGUCAAUAAGGAAGGGGAACUCAAAGGCCACCAAAGUGUUUCUGGUUUUUACGCCUUUGUAAAACCUGCCGCUCUCUGGAGACUCUGGCCUACAACUCCACUGCUGUAUAAUCCUCUGAUAACUGACGUCCGAUUUCUUACAAAUGUAACUGUCAUGUAAACAAAUGUAAUAAGAUUGUUGUAAUAUCCAUCCUAUUUUGUAUGUACAAGCCUCAUCCAUCAACUACCCUCAGAGCAUAUGUUCAGCUGGCCUGUACAGCAGCAUAUAAGCUUUAUGUUUGUCAGAAUCCAAGUACUAUUUCCCGAUUGUUAAGUGCUAUUAAUCAUUAUGGAAGCUGAAGAGGGGACUGUACAUGGAGAAGCACUUUUUGUCAGAUUCACAUUAAGAAGAAUAAGGAAAUCAGCUUGAGGCACGAGCAUCUGCAAUGUUCUUACAAUGUGAUAGUCUACUGUGUGUUAACUGAGAGAAGUACUUUGUAUAUUUCACAAAUGAUAUGAAUAUUUAUUUGCUGUCUGAGUUGUAAGUUAUUGAUAAGACUAUUUCUGCAUUUUAUCAACAUGGAUGUUGUUUCAGUUUUCACUUGCUGCCUGGUUCCAACAUAAAAAACAUAAUGGUACUGACCCAAAGAAGAAAAAACCAACUGUGUGUGAGUGUGUGUGUAGUCUUCCUCUAGUGUGUCGUAAGCACUGAU